AUGGACUUCGCCGCGCUAAUGUCCCAAGAAAUCUCCAAAUCCAAAGGCGACAGCAGCAGCAGCAGCAGCAACAACAAGAAGGACCCCAAACCCACCUCCUCCUCCUCAACAACAACAACGGAUACCACUACCACCACAACCCCCGCCCACCCGAAAUACAUCUCCCGCCGCGAAGCCGAAGCCGCCCGCCGCGCCGCGUACCUCGCCGAGCAGGCCGCGCUCGAGGAGGCACGAGCCGGCAAAGCGGCCGCCAAACGGCAGCGCGAAGAGGAGGCCGCGCAGGAGGCGCGCGCGCGGGACGAGAAACGGCGGCGGCUGGCGGAGGAAUCGCGGGCGCGGCGCGGGGCGCGCGAGGCGGAGGAGGAGCGCAAGAGGAGGAAGAGGUUGGGCCUGCCGGAAUUGCCACCGCCGUCGGCGGGGGCGGCGGAUGCUGCUACUGGGGAAGGGGAGGUGAGCGAGGAUGGGGAUGAGGAUGAGGAGGCGGGGGAUGUGCCGGAGGAGGAGCUGGUGAAGAGGUUGAGGGGGCUGGGGGAGCCGGCGGUGUUGUUUGGGGAGGGCCAUGCGGCGAGGCUGAGGCGGUAUAGGAAGGUUGUGAGGGGGGGCGCGUUGGCGGCUGCUUCGGGACCGAUUGCCACGACGCUGCUGCCGGUGGAGGAGAAGGAUAUGAAGGUUCCUGACACGGUGCCGCCUGCGUCGGACAAGAAAGCCCGCAGGCUCUUGUUCCGGCAGCUGGCGUCCUACUUCAAUAUGAUUCUGCGCGAGUGGGAGUUGGCGUUGGCGCGGGAGGACAACGCGGAUACGUUCGCGGGGCAAGCGGCGCACAGCGCCAUGGUAUCGAGCAAGGAAACGAUGCGGCCCCUCUUUCGCAAAUUCGAGCAGGGCGACCUGGAUGAGAGCAUCCUCGAAGCGGUGAUCGAAAUCGUCAAGGCGGCGCAAGAGCGGCGGUACGUCGAUGCCAACGAUGGGUAUCUGCGCCUUAGCAUUGGCAAGGCGGCGUGGCCUAUUGGUGUCACCAUGGUGGGUAUCCACGAACGUAGCGCCCGUGAGAAGCUGCAUGGCGGCGAGAGGGGCCACAUUAUGGGCAGCGAGGUCACGCGCAAGUAUCUACAGAGCAUCAAGCGGUGCUUGACCUUUGCCCAGGUCCGCUGGCCGCCCGAGGAUGUUCGGCAGUUGAUGGGGUGA